UGGUUGCGGAUGAAAGCUUGCCCAGACAUGAUAAAACGAGCAAGUUGUUAUCGCAUUCCUGUUUUCCUGUCACUUCAUCUCCGAAGCUUGUCAGACGCCCCCCCCUUGAACAGGACAAGCUGGAGAAACUGUUGUCUCUUAUUCCAUUGAAUCCGCCACACCCUUCCUCAAGGAGAAAGAAUCACUCAGCCAGUUGUCAUCGAUGGUGAAGGCAGUGCCGUACCUUUCUGCUGUUCAACAAGCACUAGCAAAUUUUCGCGCUCCCACCCAUGCGGCACCAACCCCCGCACUUUCCCUUUCCUCCUCUGUCAGUACGACUCCAUCCGAAGACACCACCCUCGAUGAAGAUGAUGACAAUGACUGUCUCGUGAACCCUCAUAUGCCGCCCGCGUCCAAGCAGGUCUUCACUACCCCUCACACAGAGUUCGGUCACUGUGCGAAUGAGGCCUAUCGUUACGUCUCUAAGCAUGACUACACUAAGCCAUUCCAGGAGCACGCCGUUGAGAAGCCCCCAUUCUAUAUUUACUUCACUAUAUACCUAAGCACCCUCAUUCUCUACGUGUUGGCUCAUUCGCGCGACUUCUUUGGAAAGCGUUUCGCCAAGUCUCAUUUCACCUACUUUAUGCCCCAUAAUGGUUACGCGCCGUUAAACUCGGAUUUCGAUUCCAUCUUCCUUCGACGGGUCAAGCGUCGCAUGGAUGACUGUUACAACCAGCCUAUCACAGGUGUCCCUGGCCGCACUUUUCUUGUCCUCGACCGUUACUCCCCCGAUUACAACCAUACCCAGAUCUACACCGGUGGUAUGACACGCAUGUUGAACAUCUCAUCGUACAACUACCUUGCUUUUUCUCAAGGCCGCGGCAGCUGGGCAGAUGCAGUCGAGGAAAGUGUCCGCAGAUACGGCGUCUCCAGCUGCGGCACACAUCUUGACACUGGAAGCAACGAUCUUCAUGCGUCUGCGGAAGCCCUUAUUGCACAUUUUUUGGGUACGGAAGACGCAUUGAUUUGUUCUAUAGGCUUCGCCACCAACUCCACUUUCAUCCCUGAACUCGUGGAGAAGGGGUCCUUGAUCAUUUCCGACGAGCUGAAUCACACUAGUAUGCGGGUUGGAAUACGACAGAGUGGUGCAGAAGUCAGGAUAUUCAAGCACAAUAAUAUGUCAAGCCUCGAGUCUCUGCUGCGUGAGGUGAUAAGCCAAGGCCAGCCCAAGACGCAUCGUGCGUGGAAGAAGAUUCUGGUCAUUGUUGAGGGUUUGUACUCCAUGGAGGGGACGCUCGUGAACCUCCCUAGGAUUGUUGAGCUCAAGCAGAAGUACAAAUUCUACCUCUACAUUGAUGAGGCGCACUCGAUUGGUUCGCUCGGUUCUCGGGGGCGGGGUGUGACAGACUACUUUAACAUCCCUCCUGGUUCGAUUGAUGUUCUGAUGGGCACGUUUAGCAAGGGUUUCGGUGCUGCUGGAGGAUACAUCUCUGGGCCAAAAUCUCUGAUUGAUGCUCUCCGCCUUCGCAGUCACUCUGGUCCGUAUGCGGAAGCCAUAGCGCCAUCCGUGAUCGCACAGGUUGUUGUGUCUAUGGCCAGCAUUAUGGGUGUGAGUCCGGCACAACAACCAACCAAAUCCACUCCUUUUCCCAGCCUUGGUAACUCGCUCGUCGCGCCGAAGGAAAGUGCAGAGGAGCUCCUGGGAAUGGUGCCUGCAAGCAUGCUGCCGAUGUGGAUGAAUCUUCCUCCGUCUCUCGCGGACGGAUCUGAAGCUCGCACGCGUAUGCGCCGUCUUGCCUUCAACUGCCGCUAUCUUCAUUCGGGCCUUACAAAACUUGGCUUCAUUGUCUCCGGACAUCCUUCCAGCCCGAUUGUUCCUCUGCUUAUCUUUAGCCCCGGAAAAUUGCCUAUGUUCGUGCGUAUGAUGCGUGCGCGCCCCAUACCAAUCGCUGUCGCUGUCGUGGCGUACCCCGCCACUUCGCUUUUCAUGGGUCGUGCACGGCUCUGUCCUAGCGCGUCGCACACGAAGGAGGAUAUCGAUACCGUGUUGCGGGCAUGCGACGAGGUGGGCAGCAUUUUAGACAUGAAACAUGGCUCAUGCGAGCGGUGGGGAAUUGAUGAAGUAUGUGAGCGCGCAGUGGAGCUUGUGCACUCUGUGUGAACGCCUGCAUGACUGUGUCAUCAGGUGUCUGCUCGCCCUUUCUCUAUCUGUUGCUCCGUGUCAGCUAACAUUUGAGCGGAGCAUUUACAAAUCACUGCACUUAUCGUUCAAUUUCAGUGAGAUACCGCAUUAAUACAACCAAGUUGCCACGACGUUUACUUGUACAACGACAAAAUAGAGAUUUAUAAUUCCUGACAAUACUCACAGCUUUUCGAAAACAAGUUUUUUAAUCGCAGGCCAUAAUAAAAAUGCGACUCUCAUUUUUCACCAUUC